AUGGGUGGCAGACCAAAGCCAGCAAUUAAUUAUGAAAAAGCUUACAUAGAGAUGUGCAAGAAUUCUUGGGAGGAAGAUUACACCAAAUUGCAUCAACAUCUUCUAGAAACGAAGCAGAAUAAAUUCGUUGUGUAUGACUGUCGUGGCAGGGGUGGAUGGGGGAGUCAUAUCAGAAACCUGCUUACUUCCUUUCAUUUUGCAGUGAUUAGCAAGCGAGCAUUCAUUAAUGAAUGCUUCACACCUAUAGCCUUGGAUGUAUAUUUAAAACCACGACACAUUCGAUGGAAUUACAGAGUGAAUCACAUAGGACUAACUGAAAGAAGAUCAUUCGAUUUUAAAAGGGAACACGUCAAAAAUUAUUCCGAUGCAAAACCUUACGAAGAAAUGUUGACUUACGAUAUAGAAUACUCUCCACAUUUCAUGAGCUUUGGUCACUUAGUUCUUCCAAACCUUAUAAAGUAUAAUUAUAAAAAAUCAACGUUUCCAUUCCACAUGAAUGGAUGUAAUUUUUACUACUUGUUCAAGAAAUCUGAUCCGUUGCAGAAACGCCUGGAUGAAUGGAAAGAAGAGUUAGGUUUCAACGAUAAUAUAGUCCUAGCUAUACAUAUUCGUCAUGGAGAUGCGAUUUUUGCUGGUCAUUUUAACCAAUGGGAUGUAAGAUUAAAUGGAACAAAGGAUUAUGACUUUUGUUUUGAAUGUGCAGAGAAAAUCGAGAAAAAAAUCGGGGAGAAAUAUCAAACAAAGAAAAUUAUUUGGUUUUUAGCCGUUGAUAUCGAUUGGAUGAGGACUUAUGCAAAAAAAAAAUAUGGCAAUAAAGUGAGACAUAUCACUGGUCCCAUUGAACAUAUUGGACGUUCAACGAAAGGUAAAGAAGAUGCUGGACAGUUUACAAUGUUUCUCGAUUACUUUCUUCUCCAAGAAUCUGAUUACAGACUUUAUACUUCGGAGUCUAGUUUUGAUACUGCAGUUGACUAUAUAACCUUUGGCAGAAAUAGUGCAGGUAGAGUUCAUUUGGAAAAAGACAAACGCACGUGCUCAUUUCCAAUUACCUUGCUACAUUAA